AUGUACAAUAUGACCCAUACCAGCAAACAUGGAGUGGUCUUCCUACAAGAUAAGACAGACGACCUUCCUCACUGGGUCUUGUCUGCUAUGAAAUGUCUGGCGAACUGGCCAAGAAAUAAUGAUCUGAGUCAGCCUACUUAUCCUGGGUUUGAACGUGAUGUUUUUAGGACAGUUGCUGACUAUUUCUUGAAUCUCCCGGGACCCCUUCUCACCUAUGAGUAUUAUGAGCUCUUUGUGAAUAUUUUGGGCUUGCUGCAGCCUCACCUGGAGAGAGUAGCUAUAGAUGCUCUGCAGCUUUGCUGCCUGCUGCUCCCACCUCCAAACCGCAGGAAGCUGCAGCUGCUGAUGAGGAUGGCCUCCCGCAUGAGCCAGAACGUGGAUAUGCCACGACUACACGACGCCAUGGGCACCAGAUCCCUGAUGAUCCAUCCAGACAUUCUCCCCGAUGUGUACUGUGCUGUGCUGAGGAGGUGGAUCUGGAUGAAUUACUUGCUACUAGACUGGUCUCCUUCCUCAUGGACCAUCACCAAGAGGUGCUGGAAGUGCCCUGCUAUCUGCAGUCUGCUGUACAGGAUCAUAUUCACUACCUUCAGAAACCUCGAUGGCGUUUUUGUUUUGUGUAGGUGA